GUACGCUGUGUCGCCUGGGUGGACAGUAUAGUUACAUCAACAUUAAGUGGAAUAAAAUGUCGCGGAAUUAUGUAAAUAGAGACGUCGCUUCAACGCAUUUAAUUACUGCUUCUUAAUUAACACAGGUCAUCUCUGGAGUGGGUGGUGGCAGGCCUAAGUUCGGUGUUUAUCAGCAAUAUUUCAGGGAAAGGAGUGACAUCCUCUUUGCCACAGCAGCUGCAGGGCAAUUUAUCACACAAAUCCCUGUUAAAUAAACGAUGAACUGAGGACCUCUUCCACGACUCAACCUCACACAUCUCUGCAACACCUGCUCUUCACUGCUGGUGCUCCUAAAAUAAAAGAGUCAUCUGCGUUGCCUCACCACACCUGGACAGAGAAAUGUGUGUGCGCCUGUGUCUUCGGAUGCCUGACUCUGUCUGAGUGUUUUUGGACUGCAUUUCCACUGUCAUCUUCAUAGAGGCACAUUUCCUCUUGACUGACUUCAACAUUUGUCUUCACAACUGCAAAGCAUCAUGGGUAGGAAAAAGAUUCAGAUCCAAAGGAUCACAGAUGAAAGGAACAAGCAGGUGACAUUUACAAAGCGAAAGUUUGGCUUGAUGAAGAAAGCCUACGAGCUGAGUGUGUUGUGUGACUGCGAGAUUGCCCUGAUCAUCUUCAACCAUGCGAACAAACUGUUCCAGUAUGCCAGCACUGACAUGGACAAGGUCUUGCUCAAAUACACAGAGUAUAAUGAGCCACAUGAGAGCCGGACCAACGCAGAUAUUAUUGAGACUUUGAGAAAGAAAGGUUUUAAUGGCUGUGAUAGUCCAGAGCCGGAUGGCGAAGACUCAAUUGACCAAAGUCCUCUGAAUGACGACAAGUUUCGAAAGACCACAGAGGACCUAGAUGUUCUCUUCAAACGCUACGGACAGUCGGCGGCUCCGCCCCAAACGUUUACCAUGCCAGUCACAGUCCAGGCGUCCAAUCAGAGCACAUUGCAAUUCAGUAAUCCUGGCAAUGCACUGGUAACUACCUCCUUUGUCACAUCAUCAUCGCUCACGGAUACCCACCUCCUGUCGCCACAGCAACCAGCUCUUCAGAGAAAUACAGUGUCUCCUGGGUUGCCACAGCGACCAGCCAGUGCAGGUGCUCUUCUUGGAGGUGAUCUGAAUAACUCAAAUGGAGGAUGUCCAAGUCCAGUCCCUAAUGGAUACACCAGUGCCAGAGCCUCCCCAGGUCUCCUCACUGUUUCUAACGGCAACAGUCUGGGGAAAGUAGUUCCAGCCAAGUCUCCACCUCCACCUCCCAGCCCCCAGAUGGUCAACAGCCGCAAGCCAGACCUCCGAGUUAUCACCUCACAGGGGGGAAAGAGUCUCAUGCAGAUGACAGAGGAUGAGCUGGAAUUGGUAAAUGAGAACGCCCAGCGACUGGCAGCUGGAGCCCAGGUGGCACAAACCCUAACCACGCCGGUGGUCUCUGUAGCCACACCAAGUCUCCUGGCACAGGGGCUGCCCUUCUCAGCCAUGCCCACAGCGUACAACACAGAGUACCAGCUGACCAGUGCAGACAUCACUGCUUUACACGCUCUGGCAUCACCUGGCGGCUUGUUGCCCACCAGCGUCUCAUCAUGGCAGCAGCAGCAGGCGGUUUCCCAGCAACCGCAGCAACAGCAGCAGCAGCAACAGCAAACACAACAGCAGCAGCAACAAAUAAACCUCGCAUCACUCAGCAACUUGGUCAUGUGGGGUGUGGACAAACAGUGCAGCGAGCUGUCUAGCCAGGUGUCCAGUCUGGCUGCCAAUCUGAGUGUUGGUUCUCCGUCCAACCUGCUCUUGGGUAGAGAUGAGUGGUUGGGCCGACCGGUGACCAACAUACAUCAAGGUGCCAUGCUAACCGUCAACACAAACUCCAGUGUGAGCAUAAAGUCAGAGCCUGUCUCACCUGGCCGGGAUCGCAGCACCCCCUGUCGUCCUCCAUCUUCAACCACGCCGUCCUCAACCUCAGGAGGAGCCAUCCUGACCACUCCGCCCCAGUACCCUGGCUCACUGCUGUGCCUGGAGCCCCCGACUGGCCGUUCACCUGCAGACAGUGUAAGCAGCAACGCAAGCUCCUUUGAAGGCAGCGAUCGCGAUGAUGCCAGCGCUGCAGGCGGCGGUGGCACAGGUGGAGGUGGCGGCGGUAGUGGUGGCAGCACGACCGGCGGUACCAGUGCUGAGCUCCUUAGGGUGUCAAAUGACCCAGAGCAGGAGGGAGGGAACAUAAAGCGCAUGAGAUUGGAUGCCUGGGUCACAUAGAGGCUCAACCUCUCUGCACCUGCAGUCAAGUUUUGGUGACUCUUAAACAUUUAAUAACACACACCCACACUCAAUGUUAAUCCCCCCCACUGACCCCACCCCACUGCCAUGUGACACUAUCAUUACACAUCUGCCUCUGUCCAGAAUUAUACUCCUCGGCUGCGCCACACAGACUUAUGAGGCUUUGCCAAAACACAUAAAAACACAAAAAUAAAUUUAAAAAAUCCUCUGGGGAUCACGCUCUGAUUGAGCAAAAGGUGGCUUAGAGCUCAGCUGGAUUUACGUCCCGGGUAGGCCCUUGAGUAGAGGGGGCAGUAGAUUUUUAAAGCCUUUUUGCUUGAAUGGACUUCUGUAUCGUGAUUUUUCUUUUGUUAGGAAUGAGGAGUUGAGCCUUUUUGUUUUUUGCAAUCUGACGAAACCACGUAAACAUUUGUUUCACAUGGUUUCUGCAUCACAUUCUCAUAUUUACACGCCGCUCUUACGUUGUUCACAAUGUGAUUGGUGGCUCGUCAACCUUAUGGGACACCUGCUGCAUGACUCGCCACUUCCUGCUCUUUACAAUCCAACAUCAUUUAUAUUGUGUGUUGUUCAUUCUUCCGUAAGUCACUUUCAAACUGCACUAAUGGAAACGACUUGAUGUGGGCAAGUUUGAGGACUGAGUGCCUAUCUGGCACUAAUGGGACUCAGACCGAGUCUUUGUGGGUAUUGAUAGCGCUGCCACUGUCACCGACCUCAUGCAACCAGGCAGUCCCGAGCCCUCAGGUGGCACUCUGUGGCUGUGGAGUCGAGCACCCUGCCAGAGUGCCAAUAUCAGCUUCUCUUCAAGGGGAAAAAUGCCAAAUGCCUCUUGCACACAGUGCAGGAACACUGACACAGGAUCAGUCGCACUGUCAUGGAAAAGUUGAGAACUAGAAACUGACUACAGGCUUUGUUUAAGCCGUCACUUUGUCCACAGACUGGGUGCUCCUCCCAUUCAUUCACCUCAUCUUUUCUGGAUGGAAAUUGUUGCAACAGAAAUCCAGCCAGUCACUCAGCUUAUCACAAGGAGUAGAUGCCAUCCAGUUUAAAUGCAUAGGAAUUUUAUGAGCCUCCUUUUUGUUUUGUUUUGGGGUUUUUUGUUUUGCUUUUUGUUCGUUUUUUUUUUUUUUUUUUUUUUUGAGUAGGGAAGUGUUUGGUUCCUUCAGUCCAAGUGUUCUUUAUCUGUUUGUAAUUGGAAAUCUGUUUUAAAGGUCCAUUAGUCGUCCAGAGGUAGAAAAUCUGACUUUGUAUAAAAAUCACUCCUUAUACAAAAGCUUUGAUGUCCUCCUUAGCUCUCUAUAUCUCUCCUUAGCUCUUUGCCGUGUUUCAAAAAGUGAAAGGAAAAGACGUUUUCUAUAUUUCUACUGCUUCAAGUUGGCGACAAAGUUAAAUAGCUUUUCAGCUUCAACAACGUGUAUGUACAUAUGAAUAUAUUUGCAUAGACUUUGCUAGGUAUCCCUAAAAACAAGCAAUGUGUUAAUUCUCAGUGGAUCUGUUUGCAUAUAUGAGUGUGAAUUUGAUAUGUUUCGAGCUACGGUGCAGGAGUUACGCCACACUCUGUAGUGUUGGUGAAUCUGACUUGGUUUUAGUAACCCUAUUUUAUUCUAGUGUUGAUGGUGUGCGCACUUUGUCUCACUCACAGAGGCCUGCUUGGUUGUGGUGUCAUCAUAUUCUCUUGCCACACUUUUUUAAAACCCUACAAUUGAAGGUAAAUUGUACACAGUGAUGUAAACUCAUUAUUAUUAUCAUUAUUAUUAUUAUUAUUAUUAGGACACUGCCAUUCACUUAUAUUGUAGUUAUAGAGAUAAAAAUACACUUUAAAUUGAGUGUAUUGUAUAAAAUAUUUUCCACAUUAAGCAGACCGAUAUGCCCAUUUCCCCUUUUUGAAAUUAAGUCAAUAUAUUUCAAAGAUUUAAUUGUCUAAAAAAAUAUUCAAGUUGGUGUACGAGUGUGUUAUCCCAUUUAAUUAUAGAUCAUAGUUUCUCUUGAUUGCCUGACCUUUUUUUCUUGAGACAAUACUCAAAAGUGCACACUAAUGUGUCAGUUCAUGCUGACUUUAAAGUCAGCGUAUGUGAGGCAGCUGCUUAAUUUAUAGAUGCAGUCAGAAGCAGCCUGCAAACCACAGUUCUGUACCGUGGUUUGUUGGUGAGGACGACACGUUAAAAGGCUGUGUUGUUUGCCACGAUCAAAUAAAAGUGGAGAGCGUUUCACUCUAAGUUCAGGAUUGAAUAUCGCAUUCAACAAGCUAAUGUUGAAGUAAAUUUGAACCUUAAAGGGAUUUUAAUAUUACCGAAAUGUUAUUUGCUUUCUUGCCCAGAGUUAGAUGGCAAGGUUGGGAGCUCGAGUUUUAUUUGUGUGAAGAAUAUGAAGCUUUAGACAGAAUCUAGUUUACCCUCCUAAGAAACUGCUCACUCUGCUCUGUCCAGUGCCAACACAGCUCAUGGGCUGGUAAACAUCAAGCUUAUUAAAUUAUGUCCAAUAGUAAUUGAUUAGAAGUGAAACUGAUAAGAAGAAUCAGAACAUUUUCACAUUUAUUAACUUUUAACUCCAUUUGAGUUGCCAAUCUAAAAGCAAUAAAAAAUAAUAAUAAAAGUAGGAAAAAUCUAAUAGUAACCUCCAAAAGUACAAAACAAACAAAAAAAAAAACACAAAACAUUAUAAUUAAUUUGGAUUUGCAAUACUUAACUGCACCAGUACUGACAUUUAAAAACAAAAAUUAUAUUCAUUUUAAUAUUUAAUUUUUGUUCAGAUAUUUGUUUAUAAUGUAAUGUGACUGCAAUUUACUUCUCAUCAUGUGUGAUUUCCUUUUUACUCUUUUACUGACCAAGUUUCUCCAGUUUCUUUCAAUGUGGUAUUUUAAAAGUAAUUUUGGGGCCUAAAAAAGGGAAACAAAAGCCACAACAAAUGGGGCUAACGAUGGAUUUUUUUAGUUAUUAUAUUUUCUGUAUGUGUUGCAAUAAUAUUAUAAUUUUUUAUUUUUGUGCUGCUUCUGUGACAGAACAAGCAAACCUCAAAACAAAUAUGAUAGAACUAAAAAUGUAGGUCACAUUUUCACAUGUAGCAGCCAGGUUCAAGUGAGUAAACUAAUCUGAACUUAUCAGAUGGUGGAAGAUGAUACUCAUGGAUUUAAUAAACAGUAUUUAUUACUGACCUUGAAACUGAAACCAAUUGCCUGAACCAGAUAUGAAAAACCAACAACAGAGACCUUCAUGUUUUACUCUAAACUAUGCGACUCAGUUGAAUCAGUUGAUUUGUUUGCAGACCAAGACAUAACAUCUAUUAAAUUCAUAAAUGAUUGUUUAUUCUCUUCAGUUUAAAAUAAUUUUAAUACGUUAGUCUUACUGCAGCUUUAGUUGUGCUGACUGUCAGGUUUUGUUGUUUUGGACAGAGCUGGGAUGGCUGUUUCUCCAGGUUUCUAUACUAAGCUAAAGUAAGCAAGCCUUCUUCUUCAGCUUCAAAUUUACUGUUUACACAAGAGUGAACUUUUAAGCUCUCAGCCAGAAAACAAAAAGUGGUCCAGACAGAGACAAAUAACAAUUUCAUUGCCUUUUUUCCCACCCCUUUACACAUAAUCUCCAUAGCAACUCUUUGUGGUUGCUGAUGGUUAACUGAAAUGUGACACCACACCGAUUGGCUUUGUCCAUGUACAAAAAAAAGGUUCUCUGUCCAAUCUAGCAGUGUAGUCAAGAGACAAUCUAUAUGAGCAACAUGAUAAAACCUGCACCCCUGUUACUUGUUGUGUACAAUGUUUUUUAGAAUCUCACUAUUUUUGGAUUAAUUUGUGCUGGUGACAGUUCCAUUGUCUACUAUUACUAUGAUAUUAUUAUGGAGCUUUUCUUUUAUUGCUAUUUUGUGUAGGAUAGCCAACUGUUUUUAUUUCCUCUCUUCUUUUAUCUUCCUUAUCAUAAACAUACAGUACUGGUUUCCUUUUUUGAAACAACUUGCUGAAAAUUGCACGAUCAGUUCUUGUGGUAUUAGCAAAUGCAAUGAAGGAAAUACCAGUUAAAUGCUGCAAUUUUAAUCAAGAUAUAGAAUAUAUUUAUAACAAUGGGACAUAACUGAAAUUAGUAAAUCAUGAAAUUUGAAAAAAACAAAUGCAUGGGAUACAGGUAACAAAAAAAGCUUAUGUUACAUACAGUAAUGAUAAGGACAUGCGUCACAAAUGAGUUCUAAAACAGCUCAGAAUAAUGUAGCAUAUGAAAUACUAAAGAUGAGAUUUAUAGCUAAUAUAUUGUCGAGCUGGUGUGCUUUGGGUUUUAUUGUAAAGAAAAUAUUUCUUUUUGUUGUUCUUUUCUUUUCUUUUUUUUUUUUGAGAAUGAUAUACAUUUGUGUAUAUUUUCAUAUACAAAGUAUGCACUGAUAUGUUAUUGAAAUUCUAUACCGCUUUUACAAAAAAGUGUUUGUUGUACCAAAGUAUCCAAGUUCCUUGAAACCUUAUCCUUUUUGCGUAUGUUUUACCGUAUUUUAUAUAUUAAAUAGACAAAUUGAGUGAAA